AUGGAUGCUUACACACCGACCCUGGUGGCUCUUUUAAUUAUUCUAGCUGUCGUAUUUCUUCGCCAGAAAAAAUGUAGCAGCGCUCCGCUGUUGGUUAUUACAGAAGCUGAAGGCGAAAAAUUGAGUAGUUUUGAUGAACUCGUCACUUUCCGUGCCAGAUUUCUACAGAUUUACUCUCUCGCCAUUGCCUCGGAUUGGUUGCAGGGAUCUUUCACAUACAGCCUUUAUAAAAACACCCACAAGGUCACCGAGACGAGGAUCGCAUCCCUUUUUAUCACGGGUUUUCUAAGUGCAGGAAUUGGGGCAUUCUUCGCCGGCACCUUUGCCGACAGAUUCGGCCGAAAGCGAGCCUGUUUGUCCUAUUGCUUCUUAUAUGCAGUAUCUUGUCUGCUGAUAUUGUCUCCAAAUUUAAGGGAACUCUUCAUUGGGAGGGUUUUGAGCGGUCUUGGCACAACCAUUCUAUUCACGGCCUUUGAGGCUUGGAUGAUUGCCGAAUGCAAUAGGCUCGGGUUUGGGGACGAUGAUGGGAUAUUGAACUCCAUUUUUGGGACCAUGUCGGUCCUCAAUGGCUUCAUCGCCAUCGCUUGUGGACUGGUGUCUCAACUUCUCGUGAAAGUGACUUCUUCUGAGAAGGCGCCCUUUAUAGCCAGUAUUAUCUGUCUUGUGCCGGCUGUAUAUUUGAUCUCAACCUCAUGGGUUGAGAAUUAUGGGCCAAGAAUCUUUACUGUGACCUAUGUGACAACAUUUCUCGAAGGGUCAAUGUACAUCAUGGUGUUCUCCUGGGCGGGAAUUCUCAUCUCAGCCGAUAGAAUCUCGAAUAACUCAGACAGCCCACCGUUUGGGAUUAUUUUCGCAUCAUUUAUGUCUUCGAUGACCCUUGGCUCGUACAUCUUCAGAAUCGCGACGAGAAACGGCAACCAUUCGCUCCAAGCCUCUUCACAUGCGAUCCAAAUAGCCUUGUCAUUCGCCGCAUCCGGUCUCUUGCUCGCUGUCAUGUUUCAACGGGCGAUUUUCCGAUUUUGGGCACUGUGUCUAUUUGAGCUUGCCCUUGGGAUAUACUUCCCAGCAGUGGCCUGCGUUAAAGGUAUUUUGGUUCCAGAGGAACACCGGGCAAAGAUCUAUGGGGCUAUGAGAGUUCCACUGAAUACCUUCGUCAUAUUUGUCCUCUCCAAGGUUGAAGACACGGACGCAAGCCGCGAAAACCGGCUUGUAGUAUGCAGUGGCCUUCUCUUGAUCGGCAUCGUGCUAACAGCUCGUUAUAUGCAUGCUUUAGAUGUACGAGCACAGUGA